AUGAAUCAAAGAGCUCGAGAACUAAGAAGCAAGAACACGCGUGUGUCCCUUGCUCUUAACAGCUGCACUUUAACAUUUGACGUCUCGUGCUUUUUGAAAAUCGAGGACGAGAUGAACAGGCAAGGAAGAAAGAAGAAGAAAGAUGGCAGGCCAGAUUGGAGCCGGUUUCUUGAUGAUGACACAAAAUUCCCGAAUGUGGUCAAGCAUGACACCAAAGGAGAGCUUCGAUGGAAGUCAGAUUCACAACUUGCGGAGUCGAUCUUCCGAGUAGCAGCGAGCUCAGGCUUCACCCCCCUCCUCGAGCUCGCGGCUCCAGCGACAGCAGCCCUUGCGGAGCUCUCCUCCAAAAGCUUUCGAGGAGCUGUGGAAGAGAUGCUGAAGAUAGCAAGGACAACGACGUCGCUAUCUGCAAAGAUUGACGCAUGGGAUGCUCUGAUGCAGCUGACAAAGACGGAAAAUGGCAUGCGUGAGUUUCUUCAAUGCGGGGGAAUGAAGGACGUCUAUGAUACGCCGGGGGGACAUCAGUCUUCCAACGACGUUACCCUUGUGGCAUCGUUGCUGGCGGUGCAAGUGAUGAAGCAGUCGGUGAAGACGAGAAGCAAUUUUCGGGAAGGGAUCAAAAUUGACGAGACGUGCAUUGAUAAGAUCGUGGAGCCCUUCAACAUGAAAGACGAUAACAACAAGUUGAGGACGUCGAUGGAGCACAAAGUUGUCUUGUUGCAGACACAGAUGUCAGAAAUGAUCACUCUUCGUUUCGUCCUGUUCGACUGGUUCAACUUUGUCUUCUUGUUUCAUGAAAGCGAUCAUCCGCCUCGCGGCAUCCCGUCGAGAACGAUGGCGAUUAAGAAUGCGUUCAACAAGUCAUUGAUGCGAGCAAUCAACAUCCUGGCGAGCCGAGAGGACGAGGGCGAGGAGGAAGAUGUGCAGCAGGACGUUGCUGAUGCGACAACCCUUGAGGGUGACAGGCAAGCUGAUCUCGACGAGUCUGAAAUAGCCAGCGAUUCGGACGAGUCGUCUUCAGUGGACAUGUCACAUCUCAACUUGGCCUCGCACCUCCGAGACGACAGGUUUUCGGCCAUGAUGCUCGGAAGUUCCGACGUGCAAGAAGUGUUCUUCAAGUUCUUCAAGGGAGGAGGAAGCAAACCUGGCGCGGCCCUCAAGCUGGAAGACGUCGACGACGACAUCACAAAGUUCUCAGCAGAAGAUUUGCCGGCAUUGAGGAGAUUUCUACAGAGACAGGCUGAGAAAACAAAUGCUGCUCCUGCUCACCAGCGCAACGAGGACGACCUUCCGUCCCAUCGCCGCAUGCUGCUGUCCUGCAACCCUCCUGAUAGACUUCGGCCCAUGAAGAACAAGAGCAGCAAGUUGCUCAAGGUCAGCCCUGAUCUACCUGGCCUUCUCUACCAAGAAGAUGUAAGAUAUGUCAAUGUUUGCGAUGCUAGGCAGAGCUAA